UUCUCGUAAUUCCAGCAGAGCGGAAGCAGACUCACCCGGAACCUCACAUCAACAGACCGAGUACACAUCUGCAAUGAGUUUUGAGUGGCCUUGGCAGUAUAACUUUCCUCCGUUUUUCACAUUACAGCCAAAUGCUGAUACGAGACAGAAGCAGUUGGCGGCAUGGUGCUCGCUUGUUCUGUCCUACUGUCGUCAUCGGAAGCUCUACACACUGGAUGUGCUUGAGGCGCAGGAAAGCCCUUUGUUUAACAACAAAAAAAUUGAGAGAAAACAUUCAGUUGAAGCCAUACAAAUAGUUUUUGAGGAACUGAGAAAAAAAGGGAACCUGGAAUGGUUGGACAAGAAUAAAACACGAUGUCUUAUAAUGUGGAGGAGACCAGAAGAGUGGGGCAAACUCAUUUAUCAGUGGGUUUCUAAAAAUGGCAUGGUGAAUUCAGUGUUUACACUUUAUGAACUCUCCAAUGGGGAUGACACUGAAAAAGAAGAGUUCCAUGGAUUGGAGGAUUGGAUGUUGCUGCGUUCGCUGCAGGCCCUACAGGCUGAAGGAAAGGCUGAAAUGAUCACUGUGGAAGAUGGAAAAGGAGUCAAGUUUUUUUGAAUCUGGCUCAAUUCAGACUUUGAAAGGAGGUGUUGGGGAUUCUGUCAUCUCAGCAUGAUGUUUUUCUUUAUGGUCCACUGGGAUGGUUUUUUUUGGAUUUAGAAAACACUCCACUAAAGUCAGUUAAUGAUAAAUUACUAUUUGGCAGAUGAGCCCAAACAAAGACGUAAGGAUUUUCCUUUUUGGAACAUGUUUAAAUUGGUGGUUUUACACCUGACAAAACUGAAGGUAAUUUUGGAGCCCAAUGAUGAAACCAAACAAAAAGAAUUGGAAUUAUGCAUAAAAAAUGUAAAUGGAAUAUUAGAAUCUGUGUAUAAAUCUUUUUUAUUUUCACUUUUAUUGCUGUUUAUUCCUAUGAAUUCUUCUACUUGAAGAAUUGUUCUGUGUAGAACUAAGCCAAAAGAAAGUCUUGUCAGACAUGGCUUUUGUGAGACCUAUGAUGCUUCCUUGAAAAUAAAAUGUCCUUGAGUUAAUCUUGUUUCUCAUGGCAGUGUAAUUUAUGUCAACGUUUUGCUAAGAUUUCUUUAGCAUUCCCUCAUUUUCCCUGGUUUCCACCUUAUCCUACAACACUGUAUCUUUUCUACCAUUGUAAUACUGUACAAAUAAAUGAGGAAGACAUUUUCAGUUCUCUCCUGUAAACCUUGAAA